UUUUUUAUUUUUUCUUUAGUUGAAUUUGAAUUAAAAAUUUCAAAAAUAUUUCCCCUAAUAAAAAUGAGCAGCUCUGAGGAAGUAUCUUGGGUAACUUGGUUUUGCGGUCUUCGCGGCAAUGAAUUCUUUUGUGAGGUUGAUGAAGAUUACAUACAGGAUAAAUUCAAUUUAACUGGCUUAAAUGAACAAGUACCAAAUUAUAGACAAGCUCUUGAUAUGAUCCUAGAUUUAGAGCCUGAGGAUGAACUGGAAGAUAAUCCCUUACAAUCUGAUAUGACCGAACAAGCUGCUGAAAUGUUAUAUGGUUUGAUACAUGCACGUUAUAUUUUAACAAAUCGUGGCAUUGCGCAAAUGAUUGAAAAAUAUCAAACUGGUGAUUUUGGACAUUGCCCACGUGUUUAUUGUGAAAGUCAACCGAUGUUGCCAUUGGGUUUAUCUGAUAUUCCUGGUGAGGCAAUGGUUAAAGUAUAUUGUCCCAAAUGUAUUGAUGUUUAUACACCAAAAUCAUCACGACACCAUCAUACGGAUGGUGCUUAUUUCGGUACUGGUUUUCCACAUAUGUUAUUUAUGGUGCAUCCUGAAUAUCGUCCUAAAAGGCCCACUAAUCAAUUUGUUCCAAGACUUUAUGGCUUCAAAAUUCAUAGCUUAGCUUAUCAAAUACAGCUGCAGGCAGCAGCCAACUUUAAAAUGCCACUACGAGCGCAUAAUAAUAAUAGUGGUGGUGGUGGUCAAGAAAAAGACGAUGAGGCUGAAAAUACCAUUGAUACUAUUCCAAAUCGCGUUUAGAAUACACAACUGAUUUAGCUGAUUAUUUUCAAUACGUUUUGUAUUUGAUUCUCAUACGUUAAAUGCAUCCUAAAAAUAUAACAAAUAUAAAAUUAAUAAUAUGUAAUAAUAAACCAAAACACAAUUCAUCUGAAAAAAAAAAAACAUUGCCGUUUUUUAAAUAAAAGUAAAAUUUUUAAUGGGUUUUAUUAUAUUUUAUAAAUAUUCAUCAUGGAUUUUAAUGGCAAACACACUCGUACUUGGAUGCCUGCUGCCUACAACAUCUUCAUAAGUAUUUAUCAUCAGCUAUAAUACUACAUUUAGCCGCAGGAUUUAUGUGUAUUCCUGCGAAUUAAAACUUUAAUUAUUAUAAUUAUUUAUAUAAUUAAAUCAAUUAUUAUUUUGAUAGUAGACAAAAUCAUGAUACUAUUUCUUAUACAUACAUAUGCAAACAAAAUCCAUACUCACAUAACUAAAAUUCAUCAACCCUACACCAUACAGUAGGGAGGUUGAAUAUCUUGAAGUUAAGUUCAAAAUUCCUAUCUAAAUCUAUUAAACUAUGUCCGCCUGACCAACUCCACACUAUAGGGAGGUUGAAUAUCUUGAAGUUAAGUUCAAAAUUCCUAACUGGAUCUAUUAAGCUAUGUCCGCAGUUAAUUGCUAAACAUAUCACAGAUUUUUUUAAAUAAUUAUACCCUACACCACUUUAGUGGGGAGGGUAUAUUGGGUUUGUGCUGAUGUUUGUAACAUAGAA